GCAUCCCGCAUCUCGUUUAACGAUCUCUGCGAUUUUCCAUUGUCAAUAGUAUUUAUAGCGAUUAUUUCAAGAUUUCUAGGAAUCAUGUACAGUUUUCUAAGAUCACUUGGUUUAGCCCCGCAGGCACCCGCAGCGACCCAACAGCAGGGACCCCAGUCUACCCAGUCGACUCAGCAGCAGACACCCCAGUCUACCCAGCAGCAGGGACCCCAGUCUACCCGGGCACCCCAGCCUACCCAGUCGACCCAGCAGCAGGCAUCUGACCAGACACCGUCGACGUCAAGGGCUUCUACUUCCUCGACGCCCUUUGCCACCCCGAUGACGACCACACCGGCAGCAACGAGGACAACAGUGGCACGUCAUCGGGGGGCGGCGCCAUUGAAUCUUGUCGAGGCUGAGCUCCUCCAGCUCCGCGAGGAGAACCGGCGACUCCAUGAGGAGAACCAGCGAGUCCUUGAGGAGAACCGUUUUCUGAAGGAGGAAAACAGGAGGCUAAAGGCACAUGGUGUCCCGUCGACAGCAACAUCAACGGCGACAGCACCGGCAACAACGGCGACGGCGACAGCACAGGCAACAACUAUGGCGACCUCGGCGGUUCCAUCUACCUCGGCGGUUCCAUCUACCUCGGCGGUUCCAUCUACCUCGGCGGUUCCAUCUACCUCGGCGGUUCCAUCUACCUCAGCAGCACCUGGGACGGCAGUGACUCUUGCCACUUUGUCGACACAGACGGUCAUCAAUAACAACUUGAGGAGAGAUCAGAGGCAAAGACAGAGAACGAUGAACCUGUUCAGGCAACAGCAGCAACAACAGCAACAACAACGGCAACAACAGCGGAGAGAGGAACAACAGAGAAUCGCUCGACAGCAACAACGCCAACAACAGCAACAACAGCAACAACAACCCUACCAGACCCUACUACGUAUAUUAGAUGAGGCGCAGAGGACUUCGGCGUAG